GGAAUGCGCGGCGCCAAAAAAAAAAGUUCAAAGAUACCCUCGGAUUCUAAUUUCUGUCGCUUUUCGCCAUGUCUAUGAUCACGGCGACGACAUGGGUGCCGCGCGGCUUCGCGGCACCCUUUCCCCAAAAAUACGUCUUUGAUGAGGACGAAUUUGAGAGAAUAUCGCAGCUCGCGAAGCUCCAGUUAAACGAUGCGAAGGAAGAGCUCGACGAGGCCAGGAAAGGCGGAAAGAAGGGAGAAGACGACGAGGAUGAGGAAGAGGAUGGACUGAAAGCAAAUGGCACGGCUGCCGGAGCUUCCAAGGUCAACGACGAUAUUGACAUUGAUGACGACUUGAAAGAGUAUGACCUGGAAAACUACGACAAUGAAGGUGACGGCAACGAGGACGAUGGCGACACCAUGGGAAUGUUUGGCAAUGUCAAGUCUCUCGUCUACCACGAAAACAAUGCCGACGAUCCCUACAUCACCAUGCCAGACAACGACGAUGACGACGAGGAGCGCGAGGAGUUACAGAUCACGGCAACGGACAACCUUGUGCUGGCUGCAAGAAUAGAGGACGAAGUCGCCCAUCUGGAAGUAUAUGUUUAUGAAGAUGCGGCCGACAACCUCUACGUCCACCACGAUAUCAUGCUUCCGGCGAUACCGCUUGCGGUCGAAUGGUUAGACCUGCCGGUUGGAAAGGGCGUAACAGAGGCCAAUGCCAAGGGUAACUUUGUUGCCGUGGGUACCAUGGACCCGGACAUUGAGCUUUGGGAUUUGGACGUUGUGGAUUGCAUGUAUCCCAACGCCAUCCUUGGAGCAGGCGCAGAGGAUGCGAACAACUUGGACAAGCCCAAAAAGAAGAAGAAGAAGAAGACCAAGAAGGCCAACGAUGACUACCAUGUUGAUGCCGUUCUGUCGCUCGCUGCAAACCGCCACCACCGGAACCUGCUUGCUUCCUCCUCUGCGGACAAGACCGUCAAGCUUUGGGAUCUGAACACCACCAAGUGCGCAAAGUCUUACUCAUACCACACCGACAAGGUCUGCUCGCUCGCCUGGCACCCGAAGGAAUCCACCGUGCUCUUGAGUGGAAGCUACGAUAGGACGGCCGUCGCAGCUGACAUGCGGGCGCCCGAGGCAAAGGCCCCUAGGUGGGGCGUGGAGAGUGAUGUGGAGCAAGUCAGAUGGGAUCCGCACGACCCCAACUUCUUCUACAUUUCGACGGAGAACGGCGUGAUCCAUUAUCACGACGCGCGUAUGGCACCCGCAGACCCUUCGCAGACGAAGCCCAUUUGGACGCUGCAGGCCCACGAUGAGUCCAUCUCUUCAUUUGACAUCAACCCUGUGAUACCAGGUUUCAUUGCUACCGGUUCGACCGACAAGCAGGUCAAGCUCUGGAACAUUCAGCCAAGCGGACCCAGCAUGGUCGUCUCGAGGGAUCUGAGUGUUGGUAAGGUCUUUUCUACUGCUUUCGCGCCGGAUCAAGAAGUUGGUUUCAGGCUGGCGGUCGCUGGUAGCAAGGGCUCUGUCCAGGUCUGGGAUACGUCGACCAACGCUGCGGUGCGUCGGGCGUUUGCCGGCAGAGUCGCGCCUGUUGAAGGAGAGGUCAAGGAGAGGGUUACUGGCGUGCAGGAGGACGACACGGAUUCUGACAGCGAUGAGGGCGAUGAGGGCGAAGAGGGCAAUGAUAGCGAUCACGGCCCUGACGGGUGGGAGUCGAUGGAGGAAUAG